AUGUACGGAUACAAGAUCUUCCUCUUUGCAUCCCUUGUGCUACCCAUCAUCGCCGCGCCUCUUCCAGGCUCUACCAUUCUGCAGAAGGAUGUCGUAGUCGAACGAAGCGAUGAGCCCGUUGGAGCCACUAUCCUUCCCAGCCUACCCAAGCGAGAGCCUGUCGUCGACUUGGUGGAGCGGGCGAGGCGUCCCGGUGGUGGUGGUUUUGGCCCCCCAAAAAGGUCGACAGCGGAAGUCGAGAAGCGGGCGAGGCGUCCCGGUGGUGGUGGUUUUGGCCCCCCAAAGAGGUCGACAACGGAAGUCGAGAAGCGGGCGAGGCGUCCCGGUGGUAGUGGCUUUGGUCCUCCAAAGAGAUCAGUAGAGGACAUCGAGAAGCGGGCGAGGCGUAUCGGCGGCGGUGGCUUCGGUCCUCCAAAGAGGUCGGUAGAGGACAUCGAGAAGCGGGCGAGGCGUAUCGGCGGCGGUGGCUUCGGUCCUCCAAAGAGGUCGGUAGAGGACAUCGAGAAGCGGGCGAGGCGAAUCGGCGGCGGUGGCUUCGGUCCCCCAUAG